GAUUGAACCGACGGGUAGAGAGAAAAUGGUUUGCAACAAAGCAAAAUCCUCUCUCUCGCCCAACAUUCUGGGGCCCUGAAAUUUAAAGACCCAAACUUUAUAACACCAAGAAACAGAAUCUCUAUAGUAUUAGUACCACUUCCUUUCCAAUAAUUCAACGGUACUACUACUACCAUUACAACCUCCUCCACCACCACCACCACCACCCAUCAAUGUAGCGCGUCCCCCUCACGCGCCAACAACAUCGCGUGAACCCCAACCAAACCUCAUUGAAAACACAGACCACCACUCUCUCUCUCUCAUUUUCCUCUCCUCCUAAGUCCAAACAAAAUCAAAAGCAAAAGCAAAAGCAAAGAAAGCAGAGAAAACACUAAAAAUCAAAACAAAUUUAAAGAGAUUUUAUUAUUUUUACAAAAAACACACCGACCGACAUGAGCGACCAUCAUCAUCAACAUCUUCAGCAGCUUCGGCACGAGAAUCUCCGAACGACGUCGCAGCUGUUCCGCGAAGCGACGUCGUUGUUCAGGUCGAACCUAGCCGCCUUCCUCAUCCUCUCGCUCCUCCUCUUCUGCUUCCGCUCCACCGUCGAGGACGGGACGCGCCACGUCACCUCGUUCAUCGACCGCGACCCUUCGCUCAAGGCCUUGCUCUCCCGCCUCGACCUCUCCGGCUCCCAAAACCCCCACGCGCCGCACGACUCCCACGACGCGCCUGACGCGCACCGCCACUCCUACCAGGACUCCCUCCCUCGCCACCUCCGCCGCCGGAGGCGGCCGUUCCUGCACCUCACUCGCGUGGGAACCCUAGACGAUGACUUCUUCUCCGGCGACGACGAUGACGAUCGCACUCCUUUUGGCUCCAACCGCAAGGCUCCGAUCAACGGUACUUUCCUCAUUCUUAACCCUAAGGCGCUAGGGUUUUCGGAUCGGGUAAUCGACCAUGGGAUCAACAUCAACGAGAUCGUCCGCACCGGAAUCACAUUCAGAGCCGAGCGUUUGUCUCUUUCCGACAACGGCGACGAAAACGAUGAGCAGAAAGAGGAAGAGAACGAGACGAUUGGACUGGAGAAAGAGAAAGAGAAAGAGAAAGAGAAAGUUAAAGAAUUGGACAGAAUCGUGGAUUUCCAGUUCUUCCUCAGAGGAGUGGAGCUCAGCCGCCGCGACGCCGCGACGCUGUUCUUCCUUGUGAGUUUUCUCUCCGCCGCUUACGGUUGGGUGAUUCUAGGGUUUCUCGUUACGUAUUCGUUGGUAUUAGGCAUUGUUUUCAUUAUUACUUUGAAUGAUCUGUUAGGGAGGUAUAGUUCAUUUCUCGGUACAGUUUGGGAAGGUUCAAGAGUAGGGCUCAAGAGACUCUCAGGGUUUAUCUUGAUGAGAUGGGCGGUGAGAGAUGCACUGACUCAGAUCCUAGGGUUAUGGUAUUUCGGUGAAAUUGAAGAUCAGUACUCGUUUUUUAAGCUCUUCGUGAGGUUGAAAUUGAUGCCAUUUUCGAUUUUGUCGCCGUGGAUUAGGGGUUAUGAGAGGGAGAUUUCGGGGUUUUUGUUCGCGUGGUUUCUGACUGAUACUUUAGUGGCUUUUAUAUUUGCUGUGGAUGCUUGGGUUGCCAUUGUGGAUUCGAGGAGGACCGGAAGGGAGAUUAUGAAGGAAGGUUGUUAUUUGAUAUCAACCAUGUUAAACCAGGCUAUACAGAUUAAGUGUUUCGAAGCUAUAUUUUGUGGCUCAUUUGUGCGGUGGGCUCUUUCUCGGGUUUGUGGGAAAUUUUUGGCCAUGGGGCUUCAAUCCGUUGUGGAGGUUUAUUUCAUGGUGGCUUGGCUGGUAUUUUACUUUGCUGUGAGGUGUAGAGAUGCUAGUUUGCAGGGGAGGAGGUUUGGGAGAAGAGAAUUAGAGGGGUUGAUUGAGGGCCUAAGAUGAUAGUUGGUGGUAAUCGGGUGUGAGACUUUCAGCUCUAUGAGGCUUCAAUGGUAAUGCUAAUAUUAUUAUUAGCGGAGAUCUUUUGGUGCUUUGUGUGUUCCUGUUUUGCAAUACCUUUGAUUAGCACUGCCGUAGUUCGGUGUUUGUCACCAUCAGCAAUAUUUGUACUUGUAUGUACUUUUUAUCACGAGGCAAUAUACUACUUGUGUAUAUUUGUGCACGAAAAUGUUUCAUGUGUAUAUCUUGUGGUGCUCAUUGUUUUAAUGCCUCGCAAUUAUGCAAUGUUUCCCGCCAGUAAUGGUGAUGUAAGAACUUGCAAACGGUCAUGAUUUUUCUCAUUGCAGGAAUUACUUGUGCUGUUAUACUACAGAGCCUUCAUGUUUGUAGUCAUUUUCCAUUUAUAUCCUGCAAAUGAGGAUGCAUAAAAUAGAAUAAUAAUAAGCAGAAAGAGCUGGACUUCUGAA